AUGUGGCUUUGUGAAUUCCUAGAUGAAAUCAUGAAGGAAUGUGGCAGUUUAAUACCACUCUGUAAAAAAGAUGUCCUGGAAAGAUUAAAAGAAGUCUUUAACGAAGAUUUCUCCCAUAGAAAACCUUUUAUCACCAAGGAGAUCAUAAUGUAUUGGGAAAAACAUCCAAAACUCUCCACUUGCAAUUUCCGGAUCUUCUAUAAUAAGCACAUGCUAGAUAUGGAUUAUUUGGCUACACUGGAAGGCCAGAACUGGCUGAAUGACCAGAUAAUUAACAUGUAUGGUGAACUCGUAAUGGAUGCAGUCCCUGAAAAGGUUAAUUUCUUUAACAGCUUUUUUUAUACACAGCUCAUAACCAAAGGAUAUAAUGGGGUAAAGCAAUGGACUAAAAAGGUGGACUUAUUCAAAAAGACCUUAUUAAUUCCUAUUCACCUGGCAGUCCACUGGUCCCUCAUUGCUGUGAAUGUCCCCAGCAUUUCAUUUUAUGAUUCCCAAGGCAUUCAUUUUCAGUUUUGUGUGGAGAACAUUCAACAGUAUUUGCUGACUGAAGCAAAGGAGAAGAAUCACCCCGAGUUCCUUCAAGGUUGGCAGACUGCUGUGACAAAGUGCAUUCCACAACAGAAAAACGACAGUGAUUGUGGAGUUUUUGUGCUCCAGGCACUGAGUGGUCAGUGA